UAUUAAUGUGCAGCAACACGACAACCUGAAAGUACAUCCUCUGCCGUCGCGGUCUUGUUUACUCUUGAACUUGGAGUCGGGCCUCAUAGUAUGUCGUGACACACAUCCCCACAACAGAGACUUCUCGUAACGGUAUCUGACCUCCCCACCUCCAAUGUGACUGACCUAGUUUCCAUCUAUACUAAUUUUUUUCCUUGCGUUACGGCAAUGCGGAAACCUCAAUCUCCGGAGGAUUGGUGGGCAAUAAGCUUGCAGUGAGCUCGCCGACAGUGGCUCUGUAUCAUGCUGACGAUUGCUAACGCUCAGUUUGUUAUUGUUGAUAAGUGUUAGGUGUUGCGGUGGUCAGUGUUUUUUGUGUUAAUCCGGACAGGUGGAGGAAUAUUGGAAUGAAACCAGGAGUGUGCCAUAUUCUGCUGACACUUAGUCUGAUAAUGUCUGGUUAUGGAUAUGAUGGGUACACCUCCUGUUCACGACCUUACCGUAUGUCGAAAGCUCAGGCAGCACUUCCAUGUGAUUUUCAGCUGCAAACAUGGUGCACUAUCCCAGGAAGUGCCUACCCUUGGCGUGCUGUACGACGAUUUGUUCAUGAAAACCAAGGACUAAUGAGAAGAAUGUAUGGAGAUCAGAGGCACAUUUCGGUCCUCCGAGCAGAAAUUGAGUCCAAUGAUGUAGAAUAUUUGAAUGAAUGGAAAUUCCAAGAGGAUGUGCGGAGACGUUACACUACAACAACGCCUCAAUCUACAACAGCUUCUGCAGAACACAUCACAAACCCCUACUUUAGACCUGCAUCAACCACUGACUCUACACCAAAACUCAAAUCUACUUCAAAGUCCCAACAGAUUGAAUCAGGUUAUGCCAAAAAUUCUAAUCCAGUAACUACAGAAGUUGACAACAAUAAUUCUGUUGCGAAUAAGAUAUAUGAAUCUACUUCAAAUACUGCAACAUCUGAAGCUCCUUCCAGCACAACAGUGCAGACAACCAGUGAACAAACAACUGUCAAUCUGUCUACUAUUUCAAAUAUCGUUGCAUCAGAGAAAACUCUGAAUACUGCAGCAGACAUAACACAGCUUCAUGAGACAAGCACCACACCUUGUACCAGUACAGAGCAAACAGAAACAUCCACUGCAGAGCCUCCAACAGCCACGACUAUAGAAUUUACAAGUGAUGAAAGCACUGCUGCCAUAACACACACUGAGAAAAUUUUUGAAUCACAGCUCUUUCAGGAUUCAAAAGAGCAGCAAACAGACAGCAGUAGUCAAUCGACCCCAACCGGAGUUGUCAAACUAAGGGGAGUAAAUGCUUGUCCUGUGAAAGAGGAAGUUGUUGCACCAUUUUGGGCCAACAACACUCGUGGGGAGGUUCUUGCCUUGCUGAAUUUAUAUCCAUUUGAGCAAUAUGUCCACUGGGAAAAAUGCACUUUUGAGUACAAACAGAUGUUCUGUCGUGAAGGGUGCCGCUGUGAACAACAGUAUCGAUUGCAUCGACUGCUGGCAUAUGAUCCAAAUAAUGAGUGUCGAGGCAUAUUUUCUGACUGGUUCAAGUUUCCAUCAUGCUGUGUGUGUCGGUGCUAUGAUCUACCAGUUGAAUUCCAGAUAACAUCACGUAGUCCACGCUCACAGCCUCCAACAUGGAACCUCUACAACAGUGUACCGCCAGAUUGGUACAGGCUGGCUAAUACAGGAUAAAGUGCUCCUUUUGUUACAAACAAUCUGAAGCCCACCGCACAUUUAUGUUACACCGAAAGGGAUGGAGUUAUUGCAGCACAGUUCUAUACAAAAUUCCUGGCCACAUAUAUGUUCAUCAGUAGUAGUGUACCCAUUGUGAAAUCUCUUGCAACAGCGUUUUUCAUGAAAGUUUAGUGUGGUGAGCAUAAACAUUAAGAAUGGGAUAAUGAAAUAUGUGCUAAAUGAAUUUUAAAUUUUUUAACUUUUUUAUGGGGAUUACAGUGCAUUCACAUUGUGGCUGAUAAGGCUCGUGAAGGAUUUAUUUACAAGUAAGUGGAAGUCUUGUACUUAUAAAUAUUAAUGGCACAGAUAUUUGAAAUAAUGGUCCCAGUAUAUUUAGGGAACUAAGUCCUUUAGCAGAAUAUCUCCCAUAAGAGGGCACAAUUCUGGAGAAGGAUUACAGUUAGUUUGUAUAAAGUUUAAAUGUAAAGUGACAUAAGACUGAAGGUCCUGUGUUAACCAUGGUGUUUGGUCCUUUUCUUCAGUAGUGUACACUAUUUUACAGUUAUUAUUUCUAAAACAGGAAUUAUCAUUAUUGAAACUAUGUGUAUAUAUGAUCACAGUCUACAGUGUAUGGAUAAUCACAGUCAAUGUAAAGAAAGUCUACUCACAAACAUCAGUGAACUUCAUAACAUUCAUUCAUUCAUUCACUAUUAAUUGCUAUCGUUUUUAUUGAGAAGUCAGAGUACAUGGAAAGCCAAUGAUAGAACAAAAAUUUUGAUAAUGUGAAAGCUGUAACUAAAAUUCAUAACAAUUUUCAUGUGAAAUAGCAAGUAAUGCAUCCAUUCAGCAUCAACAGAGAUGGUUAUAAUCUUAACUUCAUGAAAAGUGGGCUUUUUGUGCAUAAAUGGAAGGAAUAUUUGAUUGUGCCUAAUUAAACGUGGCCAGCAGUAAUACAGUUGCUACCAAACAUUAUGCAAUGUCUGGACUGUGAGAUAUGUUUGCAUGUUGUGUGACCUUUUACACAUAAGUUGUUUAAAUAUUAGUUUAUCCAGUAGGUGGCUGUAGAAUCUAGUGAAAUUCUCAGAUUACAAAAGAAGAGCUGAGGUAUUGGUUAUUUUCUUGAACUACCUUUAAGAGUGUUAAGAACUUCUUUUUUUAAUUAAUGCAAAUACCAUGAUCUGAGUUCAUAAGUUGGCUAUAUUAAUGGCUAACCAUAUAUUUUGAUGCAAGAAAGUAAGACUUUACACAGAUAAUGACUAAGGUGAUGAAAAAAUUCAUAUUCUUUACUGGAUUUGAAGAAUUAUAUCGAUUUGAAGGGGUUCAACAAUUCCAGGUAGUGACAGUCCUCAUAUAUUCAGCUGAAGUGAACAAAAACUCAGUCAAAACAGUAUUAUAGCAGAUUGUAUUGAAGGCAGUAUAGUAUUUUAGAUUCCAUAAAUAAAUAAAUAAAUGUUGAAUUAAAAUGGAUGCUUACUUUCAAAAUAUACAGAUAAUUCAAGACAAAAGUGAAGAUUCUGUGAAGGUAGUAUAUAUGCUUGAAUGGUUUUGAAGCUGGAUUAGGUUAAGCCUUGUGCUAUAUACACUGCUGGCUGAAGCUAUGCUGUGCAGAAUACUCUGUAUAGAAAUUGCAGUAAGAGAGAAAAUGCAUUUCAAGAGAAACAACAUCAAAUGACUUGUAAUUCAGAAGUAUCAGGAAGUGACAUGUGAAAAGUAUCACCUGAGGAAUUCAGAUGCAUUUGGCUUUCAUAUCAUAUAUGCUAUUCUUUCAUAACUGCAGUUUUAUUGUUUGCAUUGUCAUGGAAGAAACGGUACACAUGGAGUUGAGUUAAAUCUAUAAGUGUUGAUGGUCCAACUUUCAAAGGUAUUAAUGUGAAGAACAAGGUAAGUGUAUUUCUUUCUAUUUCUCACCCUCUGCUAUUUUGAAUUGCCUAUUCAAAGCAGUCAUCUGACAAAUCAACAUUCCCUAAAAGACAUGAAAGUGAAAUAAAAGCUGUGUGGGUUCUCAAGUUAGUAGUUCAACAUGAAAAUAUAUCAAGCUUGGCACUGCAUGGAACUAAGUGGUUAGCUUCAUUCUUUGGAUGCUUUAUUUCUGAGGAAAGAAACCACUGUAUUCACUGGGUAAAAAAUUGAAUAGAUCCCAGAGCUAGCCUGCUUGUGAUGGCAAAAUGAAGCAUUUGUGUGAAAGAAAAGCUGGGAGUAGAAAGUGAAGUAAUUCAAAUUGCAUUUUAUAUUUCUUUGCUAGGCUGCUUCCACAUUUUUCAGUAGUAGAAAGUCCAUUUUGUUUUCAUAUUGAUAGAAUAUAUUUGUGAAUUGCUUUUUGCAAGUAUGCAAUUUAUUACAAAAGUAAAAUAUCUAAGAACUGAAAAUAAAUUUUAUUAUGCGUAGCAGGAAGCUGCAACACACAUUCCUUAGAAAUAUGAUUUGCAAAUACAUUGCAGUAAUAUGUACCUCAGAACAUACAUGUGAUACUACAAACUUAUUUCCAUAUUUUUAAUAUUUAAUAGCAUUCUGUAAAAGUGGAAGGAUGUCUCAGGCAUUUAUUUUUAAUUCCUCCAUAAAUACCUGUGAAAGAAAAAUAUUAUAUAUCUCAGAGUUUGAUCACUGAACAAUUUCAGGUUUCCUGCUUUAACAAAAUGAAAUGGACUCAUGAUAUGCGUAAAGAAAAUUAAAACAUGAAUUUCUUACAAACAAUACUGCCUGCUCUAAUAUAGUUAAAGAGUUCUACUUACUAUGCAUGUUCUUUAUGACAUACAUGUAAACAUAUUAUUUACAAAUUUACCUUGGCCAACUUGUGACAACCACAAUACUGCAUAUUAAUGCUUAUGACAGAUCAACAUUAAUAAUCUAUUCUUUAUUCUUUUCCUGCUACAUCCAUUGCUAAAGUAAGAUUUGUUAGGAAUAAUAAGGAAUUCUUUUACUAUAGUGUCCUUAGAGUAUGGGACUGCAUUGCAUCUCUGUCAACAUACUUUUAAAGGUUUAAAUUCCUUUGGUUUUCUAAAGGUCUUCUUUCUCACAAGAUCGUCUGUAAAUAUGGACAGUAGUGAUUUUGUAAGAUUCUGGUACUGAGAUAUGGCAAGUAUGUGGGAACUUUCAACAUUGCUGUCAAAAAGUGAACCUUUAAAAUACUAAAAACAGAAUAUUGAAUUUUUGUAUGGUAAAGCCAAUACAGUUUAUCUAAGCUGUACAGUUUUCUUAUUUGAAGACCAUUCAGUUCUUUUUUAAGAUGCUGUUUCAAUGCACUAGAAAAGAGACCUUGUUACAUGUGAAUACUAACAGUAUUGUUUAAAAAACAGAGGAAGCUUUUAGUGAUAGUGUCUUCUGCGUGUCAUCUCUCUGGAUUUGAAAUAAAUAAUACUUAAAAGGAAA